CUUCGAGAGGCCCGCGAGAAGGAGAAGAAGGCAGCCAUUCGCGAUGGCCUCAUGAACGAUCCGGACAAGUCGAUCAAGCUCUCCGAGGCGAUUACGAUGGUUGCGACAUGCCAAGAUAUGUGCCCGCAAUUCGAAAGAGUCGACAGAGCGUACAAGAACGACAUCGCAGAUAUGGAGAAGGUCAUGUACAGCGAUGGCGAGAUACACAUGGACGAGGAUCGCAUGGUCAAGUCGUUCAAGCGAUCUGCUGCAGGAGACGAAUUGCCAAUUCCUUCCGAUUUGCGAACACCACAGACCCUACAACGAACUCUGGACUAUCUCGUCAACGACGUUCUGGGAGACGACAUUAGCUCAGAUCACCUUGGCAAAGUACAUGGCUUCUUGUGGGAUCGAACACGAGCCAUUCGCAAAGACUUCUCCGUCCAACAACUGACCAAGAUCGAUGAUCUGAAGAUUGCCAUUCAUUGCUUUGAACGAAUCGCGCGGCUUCACAUCGUCUACUUGCAUGUCUUGGCUGUGCCUGGAGCGGUAGAGAAGUACAGCUACAGCCACCAGCAGGAGAUCGAGCAGCUGGACAAAACGCUACUCUCUCUGAUGCAGUACUACGACGAUACCCGCAGCCGACUCAAUUGUGAGAACGAAGCAGAGUUCCGUGCCUACUGCGUAAUCUUCCAGCUUCAGGAUCCUUCAACACCAGAUCUAGAGGAUCGCGUUCAAAACUGGCCACGACACAUUGCAGGUGAUCCUCGAGUACAGGAGGCUCUAAAGAUCUUUGCUGCUGCAUGUAAUGCAUCAGAUUUGCAAGGUCCUUUUCCGAGUGGCAAGACAGCACAGGUGAUAGCUCGGCAGGACUGGGCCAGGUUUUGGGAUCUGAUAGCUUCGAACGCGGUGUCCUACUUGAUGGCUUGUGUAGCCGAGGUAUACUUCAACUACGUUCGAGAAAUGGCACUCAAAGCUAUUGUCGGCGGUUCUGGAGGAAAACCCGGCAAUGAGAAUACAUCCUGGACGCUGGACAGCGUAUGGGAUAUCUUCAAUUUCGACACAGCAGAGCAGCUUGACCAUUUCUGCUCGCUUUUCGGCAUGUCGCUCAAGACAAAGGACGACGGAACGCAGUACUUGUCCUUCAAGAGCAGA